AGAAGCGUUAGGUACCCUGGGAAAGAGGGGCGGUUCCUGGCUGCUGCUUGCGCAAGAAAACGACACGGGGACGUUUGUUCGGAGAAGAUAUCGUGGACUUUAGAGUGACGGGUCAUGACAUGGUGCGCAGUGGUCGUGUUCGAACGCGACUGGGUUCACUAUGGCCGGGCAUGCAGGCGGUCCUAUUCCGUCCAGACAGCUUCGGAGGCAACGUUCGAAUUCGGCGUUUGGCGGCAAACGAAGACGGACUUAUUCAGCACAAGGAUUGCAGGUCGGGGUCCCAAGAUUCCAGCCCAAUGGUCGGCGGUCUGCAUUCGUCCAUCAAUUGCAACGGUGAUUCCUUCUCCUCUUGAGGGGUCUAGUGCGUCCUCUUUGGAUACUGUAAUUGACAGGAUCGAGGAGGAAUGGACAAUAGGCGGGCUUCCGCCAUUGGCACGAGGUGUGUCUGUGUCUGUGUGUGGUGUUGGGUGUGUGUUCCGCUGUGUAAGAUGGGAGAUGGUCAAGACAUGUGCUGCGUCUGAGACAAGGCCACUCUGUGACACCAGGCAAGACAAACUUCAUGAUGACAGGCUGCAACAAUGGCUUUCUAGAGGGUGGUCUCGAUCCAGGUAGUAAGACAGUCAUUAAAGACUGCCUGGCGCUGCUCUAUCUGCCGCUUCGAUAUCCGUUCCCUUCUAAAGAAUCAUCAUCUCAUUCCACGGCGUGAUUCUCGCUUUCUGGGUCCAUCCAGCCCGGUACCUUACCGAGUAUACUACAAUGGUAGACCUAGUAAUACCCCCGCCUU